AAUCAAAUACCUCAGAUUCUUUCUCAGCCGCGAGGCAUGUCACCCAUUGAAGUUCCAGAAUUAUCCUUGAGCGAGUUAAAAGAGACGACAGACAACUUUGGGUCCAAGGGAUUGAUUGGUGAAGGUUCAUAUGGACGAGUUUAUUAUUAUGCACCAACCACCUUAACUAAUAAUAAAGCCUUUGCUGUUAAAAAGCUUGAUAUUUCUAAUAAUUCUGAACCCCAACCAAAUAAACAGUUUUUAGCCCAGGUUUCGAUGGUUUCCAGACUGAAGCAUGAAAACCUUGUUCAGCUGCAAGGUUACUGUGUACAAGGAGACAUACGUGUGCUGGCCUAUGAAUUUGCAACAAUGGGAUCUUUGCAUGACAUUCUGCAUGGUAAAAAAGGAGGAGCGGAAGAAUGUGUAUUUGGUCGGCCAGUGGUAAUCCUUGAUUGGAUGCAGCGGGUGAAAAUUGCUGUAGAUGCUGCAAAGGGGCUAGAGUAUUUGCACGAGAAGGUACAACCACCAAUAGUACACCGCUCUAUUCGCUCAAGCAACGUGCUCCUCUUUGAUCCUGAGUUUAUUAAGGCUAAAAUCGCCGACUUUAACCUCUCCAAUCAAACUCAUGACUUGCCUGCUGCACGCCUUCAUUCUACUCGCGUAUUGGGAACCUUUGGUUAUCAUGCACCAGAAUAUGCAAUGACAGGACAAUUGAGUCAGAAAAGUGACGUGUAUAGCUUUGGUGUUGUUCUUCUAGAACUCCUCACCGGAAGGAAACCUGUAGAUCAUACAUUGCCCCGUGGUCAGCAGAGUCUUGUUACUUGGGCCACUCCUAGACUGAGUGAAGACAAGGUCAUUCAGUGUGUUGACCAAAAGCUUAACGGAGAGUAUCCUCCCAAGGCAGUUGCUAAGCUAGCAGCUGUUGCAGCCUUGUGUGUUCAGUACGAUGCCGAAUUCCGACCUAAUAUGAGAAUCCUUGUCAAGGCCCUCCAACCACUACUCAGGCCACCAAGCCCAUCACCAUCACCAUUAUCGUCUUCUCCAUCUAAAUCAUUUGUUCCAUCACCUUCUCCUGUAUUGACACCAAUUUCACGACCAGAAACUCCUUUACCUCCACUAAGUCAUCCUUCUUUGCCACCUUCCCCAAAUAUGAUUCCCCAUAAUCAUUCCAAACACAUGUAUUGUGCGAUGAUCUGGUCUGGAGUAGGAGGGUCUUUUUUCUUUGUGGCUUCCGCUCUUGACAUUUUCUUUUAUCGACGAAAUAAGGUGGUUAUGGUGGACCUUGGGCUACUGGGUGUUCCAAAGCUGCAGAGAUCGGAACUGGUAACUGCUUGCGAAGAUUUCAGUAAUAUAAUCGGUUCAUUAUCAGACGGAACAGAUUAUAAAGGGACUCUUUUUAGUGGAGUAGAGAUAUCAGUUAUUUCUACAGCAAUGAAGUUUGCUGAAGAUUGGUCUAAAUCAUUAAAGGGUCAAUUUAAAAAGAAGGUUUCAUCAAUUACUGAUCAUGUUAGGGUGCAAGACUCAAGUGCCAAAGCAACUGAUUUUGAUGUGACGAUGGUGGUGGUUUGUAUUACGGGGUCUCUUGGAGUACCAGCGCUAAAUGGGGUAGCUUUAGGUCAACAGGCUAUUACCUUACCCUUACCCAUGAAUAGACAAGCUGCCAUUCCUGCUGCACUUCUUCCAACAAUUGUGGCGUUGGAGCCUAUUGGAAUCCCUAAUGAAUGUCUCCUCUUGAAAAAUAUGUUUGAUCGGACUAUGGAGAUGGACCCAGAGUAUGAUUUUGGAAAUCAAAUAUGA